AUGUUCGUAGAUUCCGAGAUUCUAAAAUCCGGCGUUGUAAUCCUUAAUGUUGUCGUUGCACAGGACGCUCGACCCCAGGGAACUUUCAAGAAAGAGGCGAUCCACCCCACCUGCCGUAUGCACAAAUAAGCCGCAACGCUUCUCCCUCAGCUCACUUACCGAAUAAUGACCCUUCCGCUACAUCUCCUUUUCUCCCCAACGCCCCCCUUUCAUUCUUUCUAUCAGUGACUUUGUUCAGCUCUUUACUUCUUUUUGGUCCCUCCGCACAGAGGUGUUUCCUUCUGUCUAAUGGCCAUCAGGUAUGUUAGUUGGGGUCUUCGGUGGCUUGUUGGGUGCUUUCCAAUUACUGAUGGUCUCCACCCCUGUGUAGAUAUCUCGUCCUCCUCUCUCGUCAGGGGAAAGUGGUGGGUUAAGCGGAGUAUCCCCCUUGCAUGGAGGAAACGUAGGACUGACUCUCGGGGAUGUCCUCCAGCGUUUGGCAAAAUGGUUUACGACUCUGUCCCCUAAGGAGAAGGCCAAGAUAGUUAAGGACGUCACUGCUUUGGUUCUCGCCCGUAGGACCAGGAUGUGCAAUUUUCUCGAGUACAAAGGUCUCCGCCCCUUCACAUCUAUCCACCCAGCCCAGGUGAGGGGAAGAGGAGAUGGGUGGCUAAUAAUUUCAGCCUACAGAUUCCAAAGUAGUCUACCGCCGCUAUGCAUCUCUCUUCUUCAUCGCUGGAAUAGACUCGGGAGACAACGAGCUUAUAACCCUUGAGAUUGUCCACCGCUACGUUGAGCAGAUGGAUAAGUACUAUGGGAAUGUUUGCGAGCUAGAUAUCAUCUUCAAUUUCCAAAAGGCCUACUUCAUUUUAGACGAACUCCUUAUUGCCGGCGAGCUACAGGAGACAUCAAAGAAGAAUGUUCUGAGAUGUAUCUCUCAAGAAGACGCUCUUGAAGAUAUGGAAGUGAGUCCCAAACCCCCCCACCCUUCAUCCUCAGCCUCAACCUCCCCUCAAUUUCCCCUUCUUUCUGGACCCCUACACAUUCUCUCGCCGUCGUCGAGUGCCCCCCUCCCCUGCGUUUCUGCUCGUUCCUUGUUUUUGAUGAGUUUUAUCGCGUCUGAAAUAGUUAUCGUAAACCAAACUAGCUUGUUCAUGAUUUACUUGUCGGCCAGGGUUCAUGUUGAUGGUUUGUUUUCUGUUUUUUUUUUUUUGAUGGAACUUAGCUUGGCAGUGAUUACUCCAUUCGGUUCUCUAAACGAUAUAUCCACGAUACAUGA